AUCGCCACCAUCUCGUACCUGGACUCAGCCCGCUGGCGUUCAUCUAUCUUACAUCCAAUCCAAGUUUCCCACUCCGACCAACCUGUUUCUCGAUGAUGUGUUUGACCCUCGUUGCUCCAUCUACUAAUGCAGUGGCUGGGGUCUAUCAUUGGCGUCCGCCUGCUCCCAACCUCCAUCGUCAACCCAGCCUCAUCUUCAAUCCUAUCAUGUCUUAUUCUCCGAAGCCUCUCUGACCAUGCCUUCCAUGUCUCCUCCACUCUCGUCACCGUGCGUCUUUUGCUGAACAUUGGUUUUGCCUUUAUGCAUUGAUGUUUUCUUGAACAAAAUACUAAUGAACCUGCCCGAACACGCUCUACUUUCAACAGUCAAAAGCACAACUCCUCAGUAUCAGCGAACCCAGUCUCUAGAAUCCUCUGCUGCUACUCAAGAAUACUUCUCUGAUUAUGCUUCCGACCCCGGCAGUCAAAAAUCCGACGACUCCAAGGCAAGCUAUGAGACACCUCCGUCCCGAAUAUCCACACCACUUGUACAGCAAAACCCCAUUGAUUCCGAGAUGACCCUUCCUUCGAGGCCUGGCGCAGUCCAGCCGGCACCCCUCAACAUUCGACGCGAUCAGAACAAUGGACCGUCGACCGUGCGAAUGCUUUCGAGCUUCGAUGAAAUGAGCCCUCCUACACCCGGAGUUGACGACACACCAUACAUAAGAUUUGCGAUUGAACAAUUGACAAGAGAUGAGGACGUCUUGGGGCGUGGGAGACAUAGUACUGCGUCAGCAUUGCAGGAAACUUUGUCCCCAGUCUUCCCGCAAGUUGAGUCGGAAGACGAAAGCCCUCAUACUCCUACACCAUUUCCACCACCACCGACUCCACCACAACACCCUCCAUCGCCACAGCCUGUGCCUCCGGUGCAGAGAAAGCCCGUCACGCAGGAGGUCAUGAUUCCUGUCGAUUUGUCGAAGGACCUAAGAUCGCAGCUUGGCUUUGUACCAAGACCUUUACGACUUCCCAUUUUGAUACUUUUUCUAUUCCUUUGCCUAUUAAUGAUCGCCGGUUUAAUAUUCAGCCUCGUCUUCAUUUCGAGCAACCACGGACUCUUCGACUACGACGGAAACGCAACGCCGCGAUACUUUGUCUUUCAAUACCUCCCGCAACUCCUCGGUAUCAUCCUGAUCCUGUGGCUUUUCGUCAUCGAAGCCACAGUGUACAGAUGCUUACCAUAUUUCUGCAUGGCUCCGGGAAAUCGCAAUCCUUGGGUGCUGCAGGAAAUGCGCAUCGUUCCAGCCAACUAUAUCCUUCCGGACUUGACCUUCUUCCGAACAGGCGAGAAAAUGCUGGGUGUGGCGUUCCUCAUCUUCUGGCUGAGUAACUUCACUGUGCCUCUUCUCAGCUGUCUGUACCAAACUCAAUGGAUCACGAAUGAUGGCCCUGCACGCUUUCGCUGGACGACUGUCAGGGGUGUGGGUUGGACUUUGGUCUCACUGUACGGUCUGCUCUGCGCAGCAAUCAUAUACUGUAUGCUCCGCUUCCGACGAUGGAACUCCGGCCUCCUGUGGGAUCCACGGUCUGUCGCUGACCUCAUCUGUCUUUUCCGCCGGUCAAAUGUCGUCUCCGAUUUUGAGCAGACCGAGGUCUCUCAGGAGCCGAACCGGCAAAUGGCGCCUCGAACUUGCCGUUUGGGCUUCUGGACUACCUCUGAAAGAUCCGAUGUCUUCCACGCCGUGGGCGAGGAGUAUGCCCCGAUAAAGCGCCUUUCAUUGCAACAAUCCCGACAGACCGAGAAAGUGUCUGGCGGCCCUCUUCAUCCGAAUCAAGCGGUGGAUGUCGAAGCUCAACAACGCCUUUCUUACGGUUCUGCAUUCUCACGGAACAUCCACUCGCCUUAUGUGCGUUAUCGCUGGACGGUCUGGUUUCUCCGAGACUCUGCUGUCCUGGCAUGGAUCAUUGCAGCGCUUAUCCUGGUGAUUGCUUUUCUGGUUGUUAGUUUCGUCAACCGUGCCGUCCAGAAUGGUUUCGAGCCCCUCAUUCCCUCGCUUACACGUUCGGGAGGUUUCUCUCCUGCCGACUUCCUAUACAGCUUCCUCCCGUCCCUUCUCGGCAUGGUCCUUUUCCUUGCAUGGCAACCGAUCGCCAUGUAUUUCCGGGCCGUGCAACCGUUCUGCAAUCUCUCUCGACCAACUGGAGCUGAUGCCCGACACUCACUAUUACUGUCAUAUCCAGCUCACGGUCCGAUUACUGUCAUUGUGAAGGCGCUACGUAACGGCGACUACAAGGUCGCCUACAUCAGCUUCAUCUCACUCCUCUCCCUGUCGAUACCAGUCCUCGCAGGCGGUGUCUUUACAGCUCAAUUCUUCUCGGCGGAGGAUCGGGUCGGGAUGGUUGCCAGUAUGCCUGGAUACAUUGCCUUGUGUGUCCUUGUCACCAUCUACGCGUUGUCCUAUUUGAUCAUCUGGCCUACCAGGAAACGCUAUCUACCACACAACAUCAACACCGUUGCAGCCUUGAUGAGUUGGCUCUAUGCAAGCCCGCUGCUCGGCGAUACCGCUUUGCAGAAUAUCCGCACAAAAAAUGACUUAGUCGAAAGACUCAUGGGCUCAUCAUCUCCUACAACGCUGACAGGCGACGUCUCUGGUAACGAAGAAGGCGCAACGAAGAAGCGCUUCCGACGUACCGCCCGCUACAGUGGGCAAAAUGCGCCACGCUUCGCGUUCGGUAUAUUUAUGGGCAGAGACGGCAAGGAGCACCUUGGCAUUGAUCGGUUGCAAAGACCUGGGAGCAGGGAGAUGCUCGUCGUGCCUGAUUCAGGGUGAUUCACGACAAACUACUCGAGAAGGGACCCACGACCCUUUGUACAUUCACGAUUGCUUCCGCAUUACCAUUCUUAUGAUCACGAAUUUUGAGCGUACGACAUUUGAUGCUUAGAGGGGGCUGUGGUCUCUUGAUAGGCCGUUGGCUACAUACUUAUGGCGCAAUGGAAACACAUGCAUCAUGGAAGCACCAAGGAGAGACGAAAAUGCUGGACGGGUACUAGAGGGCAGAUUUAUACCAAAUGUACAGAGCAGCAACAUCUGCUUUCAAGAAAAGCUUUGCGAUAGCUAAUUGAUAAUGACUAUGUCACCCGACUUGGGGAGACAAUCACCUAUACGAA